GUUCUAAGUCAUCGAAAUGGGUUUAUCAUAUCCCUCGCUUUUAAUUGGUUCAUAUUGGAGUAACGCUCGUCAUUAAACCGGGAUCACCCCACUAAGCCGAUUCCGAUUCCGAUUCCUUAAUCAGGUUUCGGAGACUUGGGUAGGUACUGGAAGAGAAUAUCGAAAACUUGUAGACUUAUGGGGGACCAUAUUACAGGUAGAAACCUGUUCCCUCUUAGUUCGUUGCUCUCAUGUCCAACGUACCUAUCUAGACGGAAUGACAAUAUGUCAAUUAUCUUUCAACUAUUGAAGUCAACAUGGCUUCACCUGAUGUGAAUAUAGAAACAUCUAUUGAUUUCAUUGCUGAUCUCCCGGUAUAUGGAGAAGAGAAGCCUUUCUUUCUACACCCUUCUGCCUCGAACGAUGUUAAUCUUGACGAGAUAAAGACCUCUAACGUCGAAUGGGACACCAAGCCUGUCACCGUAUAUAGCAUGCGUGACAGGGAAGAUAUUAGUUUAGAAAAGAACGGGUUCUGCUACACCAAGCAUGAUUCAAAAUGCCUUCCGAAUCUUGGUAUGAAUACCGAAGGAUUGGCGGAUUACCGCAAGGAGAGUGAGAAUUUUCUACAAUCCUUUCUCAACGCCGAACUCGUCCAUUGCUAUGAUUGCAAGUUGCGGAAAAACGCACCGAUGACUUUAGAAAGCUUUGAUCCAAGCGAUCCACUUCUUGUAGAACAGGUCGCUGUGGGUGCACACGUUGACAUCUCACUCGAUACUGUACCACGCCUCCUCAAGAACAUCAUCACUGAAGAGCAGCUGGAAACCUUCUAUAAGCCUGGGUACCGCUUCAGGUUAAUUAACACGUGGCGCUCAAUAUUACCACGCUGCGAAGACCGACCGCUUGCGAUGUGCGACUACACCUCUAUCGAUGCGAAUGACCUCGUUGCCACAGAUAGAGUAUAUCCGAAAUGGAACCAGGAGAUAUAUUACCUCAAAUACAAUAAAGACCAACGGUGGUAUUGGUUGCCAAACCAGCGGUCUGACGAACCUUUUCUGUUCAUGACAUUCGACAGUCACGCAGGAUCGAAUGCGCGGUAUUGCCCCCACGUUUCAGUAGAAAGUCCGGUGGCAGCGCCACAGGCACCUCCGCGUGAGAGUGUGGAAACACGAAACCUUGUCAUUACAAAACUUUGAAAGGGAUACUAGGUGCGUGUGCGGUGACUUGAAGGCAUCCAUCUGUUGAGCUGCAGGUAGGCAGCAAAAGCAUUCCUCGGAGGUGGGGCUCAGGGGUUUAGGGGUUCAGGGGCUCUCCCCUAUUAUUAAUCGAUGACUAAGCGCGCUCCAUCUAACAAACAGUAUUGAUGAUUCUAAACUACGUCAUAGAUGGUCUAUUAUUAGAACCUAUCAUAUUUUUUCGAAUCAUAGUCAUAAUUAAAACAAACCAAUCGAUAAAUCAGC